UGCGCUUGUGCCUGUAGCUCGCUCGGUGGCCGCCUUCUUACCACGACCCAGAACUGCGGGGCUGAUGGAGCGGCAUCGGCCGCGGUUGCAUCCCCCGGCGCGCGGCUCGGCGGCCGGCGCCCCCCACCCCGCCUCGGUCUCGCUGCGCGGCGGCCGGGACAGCAAGAUGCAGCGCAAGAAGGGGCCCCCGCACCCUCCGCCGUCCGAAGGGCCCGAGGAGCCUGGGGAGAAACGUCCCAAGUUUCAUUUAAAUAUUAAGACACUGACGGAUGAUAUGCUGGACAGAUUUGCCAGUAUAAGAAUUCCAGGGAGUAAGAAAGAGAGACCUCCACUUUCCAACCUGAAGACUGCAUUUGCAAGCAGUGAGUGCUCAUCGGCAUCUUUAGAGACGAUAGGAAACAUUCCAAAGCCACUGUCAGAGAACGAGCUCUUAGAACUGUUUGAAAAGAUGAUGGAAGAUAUGAAUUUAAAUGAAGAUAAAAAGGCACCAUUGCGGGAAAAGGACUUCAGUAUCAAAAAAGAAAUGGUGAUGCAGUACAUUAAUACUGCUUCUAAGACAGGAAGUCUUAAGAGUAGCCGACAGAUCUCACCUCAGGAAUUCAUUCAUGAGCUGAAGAUGGGGUCUGCAGAUGAGAGACUUGUCAUGUGCCUGGAGUCCCUCCGUGUGUCUUUGACCAGUAAUCCUGUGAGUUGGGUGGAAAGCUUCGGACGUGAGGGGCUUGGAUUAUUACUAGACAUUUUGGAAAAACUGAUCAGUGGACAAGUCCAAGAAAAAAUUGUAAAGAAAAAUCAACACAAAGUCAUACAGUGUCUAAAAGCCUUGAUGAAUACACAGUAUGGCUUGGAAAGAAUUAUGAGUGAAGAGAGGAGUCUUUUCUUAUUGGCCAGAGCAAUGGAUCCCAAGCUUCCCAAUAUGAUGACAGACGUGGUUAAACUUCUCUCUGCGGUGUGCAUUGUAGGGGAAGAAAGCAUCCUUGAAGAAGUUUUAGAAGCUUUAACUUCAGCUGCUGAAGAGAGAAAAAUUGACAGAUUUUUUUCUAUUGUGGAAGGGCUUCGGCACAAUUCAGUCCAACUUCAAGUAGCUUGCAUGCAGUUCAUCAAUGCCCUUGUUACAUCUCCUGAUGAUCUGGAUUUCAGGCUUCAUAUCAGAAAUGAAUUUAUGCGUUGUGGAUUGAAAGAGAUACUGCCAAAUUUAAAACACAUUAAGAGUGAUGGCCUGGAUAUCCAGCUUAAAGUCUUUGAUGAGCAUAAGGAAGAAGAUUUGAUUGAGUUCUUCCAACGCCUCGAAGAUAUUAGAGCUGAACUUGAUGAAGCAUAUGAUGUUUAUAACAUGGUGUGGAACACAGUUAAGGAAACUGGAGCAGAAGGAUAUUUUAUUUCUAUUCUUCAGCAUCUUUUGCUGAUCCGAAAUGAUUAUUUUAUAAGGCAGCAAUACUUCAAGUUAAUUGAUGAGUGUGUAUCCCAGAUCGUAUUGCAUAGAGAUGGAGUGGAUCCAGACUUCACAUAUCGAAAAAGACUAGAUUUAGAUUUAACCCAGUUUGUAGAUGUUUGUGUUGAUCAAGCAAAACUGGAAGAGUUUGAAAAGAAAGCAUCAGAACUUCACAAGAAAUUUGAAAAAGAGUUUUCCGACCACCAAGAAACUCAGGCUCAAUUGCAGAAAAACGAGGCCAAGAUUAAUGAGCUUCAAGUAGAGUUACAAGCUUUUAAAUCUCAGUUUGGUGCCUUGCCAGCUGAUAGGAAUAUUACUUUGCCCUCUGCAAAAGAAGAUGAAACUGGGGGCCCAGCAUUUCCUCCUCCACCUAUGCUGCCCCCUGGUGGAGGGGUGCCACCUCCACCCCCUCCCCCACCCCCUCCUCCACUUCCAGUAAUGCCAGUGCCAUUUGGUGGUGGUCUGGUGCCUCCACCUCCUCCCCUAGGAUUUCUUGGUAGACAAAACUCUCCUCCUCCACCAACCCUGCCAUUUGGGUUGAAACCAAAGAAAGAAUUUAAACCUGAAAUCAGCAUGAGAAGAUUGAAUUGGUUAAAGAUCAGACCUCAUGAAAUGACUGAAAACUGUUUCUGGGUAAACGCAAAUGAAAAUAAGUAUGAAAAUAUGGAUUUGCUUUGUAAACUUGAAAAUACAUUUUGUUGCCAACUAAAGGAGAGACGAGAAGAGGAAGAUUUUGAAGAGAAGAAAGGUAUUAAGAAAAGAAUUAAGGAACUUAAGUUUCUAGAUUCUAAAAUUGCCCAGAACCUUUCAAUCUUCCUGAGCUCUUUUCGGGUGCCAUAUGAGGAAAUCAAAAUGAUGAUAUUGGAAGUAGAUGAAACACGGUUGGCAGAGUCUAUGAUUCAGAACUUAAUAAAGCAUCUUCCUGAUCAAGAGCAAUUAAAUUCAUUGUCUCAGUUCAAGAGUGAAUAUAACAACUUAAGUGAACCCGAGCAGUUUGCUGUUGUGAUGAGCAAUGUGAAGAGACUACGGCCACGGCUCAGUGCUAUUCUCUUUAAGCUUCAGUUUGAAGAGCAGGUGAACAACAUCAAACCUGACAUCAUGGCUGUCAGCACUGCCUGCGAGGAGAUAAAGAAGAGCCGGAGCUUUAGCAAGUUGCUGGAGCUCGUGUUGCUGAUGGGGAACUACAUGAACGCUGGCUCCCGGAAUGCACAGACCUUUGGGUUUAGCCUUAGCUCCCUCUGUAAACUAAAGGACACGAAAUCAGUAGAUCAGAAAACAACACUACUUCACUUUUUGGCAGAAAUAUGUGAAGAAAAGUACCCUGAUAUCCUGAGUUUUGUGGAUGAUUUGGAACAUUUAGACAAAGCUAGUAAAGUCUCUGUAGAAACGCUGGAAAAGAAUUUGAAACAGAUGGGAAGGCAGCUUCAACAGCUUGAAAAAGAUUUGGAAACCUUUCCCCCUCCUGAGGACUUGCAUGACAAAUUUGUGACAAAGAUGUCCAGCUUUGUUAUCCAUGCAAAAGAACAAAAUGAGAAACUUUCCAAGUUACAUGAAAACAUGGAAAAGUUAUACCAGAGUCUAAUGGGAUACUACGUCAUUGAUGUGAAGAAGGUGUCCGUGGAAGACUUUUUUACCGAUUUGAAUAACUUCAGAACCACAUUCAUGCAAGCAAGAAAGGAGAACAUUAAAAAAAGAGAAGCAGAGGAAAAAGAAAAACGUGCCAGAAUAGCUAAAGAAUUAGCAGAGAAAGAAAGACUUGAACGCCAGCAAAAGAAAAAACGCUUAUUAGAAAUGAAGACUGAGGGUGAUGAGACAGGAGUGAUGGAUAGUCUGCUGGAGGCCUUGCAGUCUGGGGCUGCCUUCCGCGACAGAAGAAAAAGGACACCGAAGCCUAAAGAUGUUCGGCAAAGUCUCAGCCCAAUGUCUCAGAGGCCUGUUCUGAAAGUUUGUAACCAUGGUAAUAAACCAUAUUCAUAAAUUGUACAUUCUUUCUAUCUAAUUUUUAUCCCAUUGAUCUGUGAUUUUAGUAGACUGCUUGGAAGUUCUUAAGUUUCAAUAUAAUGAAAAUAGUGUACUAAAAUUGUG